AUUAAUUCUGAAAGGUGAGGACAUAUCUGUCAGAUAAAAUCAUUCUCUACUUUUCUCCCUCCCACUCCUCCUUUCCUCAGUCUCCCAUCAUUGGAAAUUUUGCACUUAUCAUUCUCAUCACGUUCUCUUUUUCUUUCACCCUUUUGCCUCACUUAUUCUUACCUCUACAUAGCCCAGAAAAUGUUUCGGUUAUACCCUUUUAAAAAGUUUCUGCAAAUUUAUUCACAAAAUCCAAUUAAAAGUCCCACCCUUUAAAACAUGUAAUCCCAAGAUUUUUCUGGGAAAAACCUCCCAUGUGUUCAAAUUCACAGCUUGUUCUUUAAAACCCAUUUGUCCGAUCAUCAUUUUAUUGUAAUUGUGAUCAUCGAAUUGUUGUAAACUGUGUAAAAUGCCACCAGAUUGAUUUCUUUAAUUUUAAUUUUUUGGAUUGCUUUAGGAAGGAAUAAUUUGACUUCCAUGUAAUGUACUGUACUUUUUAUGAUGUUUUGGUGAGAGGGAAAUUUUUUUUUUCUCCGUUUUGGGUUUUCUGUUGUUGCUGUAAUUUAGAGAUUUUUUAUGGAGAGCAGCGAAGGAGGGGAUGAUCAAGGUUCUGGAUGGUUGCAAGUUAAAAAGAAGCAUAGAGGCAGUUCAAAGUUCUCUGUACAUGGUUGGGUUGGAGGACUCUCUGCCAAACAAAGUUCUCAUAAUCCAGAGGGUCAUUCAUUGAAGGUAAAAUUUGACAAUCGUAGAAAUGGUGGCCAGUCUUCAAAAGCAAGUACAGAUAAUUUUAUUGUUGACCCAGGUUUAAGGGACAAAAAUUCUUGUCUUAAAGCUGGAGUUGUUCAGAGGCGGUCUCAAGGAGCUGAUUGUAAUGAUUCUCUGACAAGGAAUUCUGAUGUUCUUCCAAAAAUCAAGUGGGGAGAUUUGGAUGAAAAAGCUUUGCUCUUGCACCAGGAAAAGGCUGUUGGAUCUGAGAUGAAGUUUGGUAGGACUGAAUGUCUAACAAUAGAUCGUGCAGAAUUUCAGAAAGUUGAUAAUUCCAUGCCAUGCUCUUCUUCUGAUCAGAAGGAAAAUAAUCUUGUCGCAAAAAAUUUAGAUGAAAAUCAUCUUGUUGUGGCACCUGAUGCAUUGUUGCCUAGGACAAAGUCUCUGGGAAACAACUGUAAAGAGGUGAAUGAAUUGAAAGUGACUUCAGAAGAUGUGAGAUCGUUAUUAAAUACUGAAAGUGUAAUCGACCCAAAUGGUUCCGCCCCAGAUUCCAGGGAUAACACUGGACUUAAGCUGGUGAAAAGUCUUGAUACCCAUUUUCAGUCAAAUGAAAAUCAUUCAUCUGUUGCAACUGACGUGCAUUUGACACCUGCUGUUGGACAUGAAGCUGGAUGUUCUAAAGUUACUGAACUACCUCUUGUUGAUGUGAGUUCAAAAUUGUUAGUGACUUUGCUGGAUUCUACUUCACUGAGAGUGGGUGGUGCUGGAAUGUUCACCACUCAAAGUCUCUCUGCAGAUAAGAAUUGGUGUUCACAUACUGAAGAGGCUCUCAUGAGUCCUGCACUUGGUGUCACACAGGAAGCAGGUUGUUCUAAUGUUUCUGAAGAUAGUGUUAUUGACAUCAUGCCGGACAUGGUAUCUCAUGAAUAUUCACAGACAACAUCAUUUGAAAAUACUCAGCCUGAAACAACUGCAGAAUCUAUUGCUCUAAGCUCUUUUGGAAACUCAGAGUCUCCAACAGUUGAUGGUGUUCUUGUUGACUUAGAUAAAACUGAAAUCAUGGACUUUUCUGAUGCAAAUGGAGAUGAAAGCAAAGAACGGUUCAGGGAACGCCUUUGGUGCUUUCUCUUUGAGAAUCUUAAUAGGGCCAUAGAUGAACUCUAUCUUCUUUGUGAAUUAGAGUGUGAUUUGGAGCAGAUGAAAGAGGCCAUUCUUGUUCUUGAGGAAGCCGCAUCUGAUUUUAGAGAACUGAACUCUAGGGUGGAGGAAUUUGAGAAAGUAAAGAAAUCCUCAUCUCAUAUACUUGAUGGGGCACCAUUAAAUAUGAAGUCUGAUCAUCGCAGGCCACAUGCGCUUUCAUGGGAGGUACGUCGAAUGACAACUUCCCCAAGGAGGGCAGAGAUACUUUCUUCUUCUCUUGAGGCAUUCAGGAAAAUUCAGCAAGAAAGAGCUAGUGCACGUGUUGGCAAUGCUGAAAAAGUGAAACCUGAUUGUGAUAGUGGCUAUUACAGAUGCAGAGAUAUCAUGGAGGGGGAUAAUGGUGAAAUUGACACCAGAAGUAAUGUUGAAGAAUCAGUUCUGAAGCCAAGAAAGCGGCAUGGAGCUUCUGAUCUUUCAAGAGGGAACUCAAGUAAAGAAAAAAGAACUAUCGACUCAAAUAGGUGUAAUUCUAGCGGGUCUAGGUUGCCUGUUAAAGGAGAUUCUGCUUGUGCAGGCAGUGGAAAGAACAAGCGGGAGCUUAUUGGAGCUCCCUGUGAAAUUGAUCAAGUACUUCCUAAGAAAGACAAGAAGCCCUCAGAAUCUAUGACUGAUAAAAAUUCAAAAUCUGUUGAUACCCUGAAAAAGCAAAUUCCUUUGUCUGAAAGGGAGAAGGAAAAGAGAAAUGGAAAUUUAUGGAAAUCCAUGGAUGCAUGGAAGGAAAAGAGGAACUGGGAAGACAUACUUGGACCUCCACAUCGCGUUUCUUCGCGUUUCUCACAUUCACCUGGUAUGAGCAGGAAAAGCGCUGAGAGGGCACGGGUAUUGCACGAUAAACUUAUGUCUCCUGACAAAAAGAAAAAAUCUGCUCUAGAUCUGAAAAAAGAAGCAGAAGAGAAGCAUGCACGGGCUAUGAGGAUACGAAAUGAACUUGAGAGCGAGAGAGUUCAAAGGCUUCAGCGGACCUCGGAAAAACUGAAUCGUGUCAAUGAGUACCAGGCUGAACGUAACAUGAAGUUAAGAGAGGUAAUGUAUGCCCGCCACCAGCGCGGUGAAUCCAGGCAUGAAGCUUUUCUUGCUCAAGUAGUGAGAAGAGCUAAUGAUGAGAGUAGUAAAGUUAAUGAGGUGCGCUUCAUUACUUCAUUGAAUGAAGAAAAUAAAAAGCUUAUGCUGCGUCAAAAGUUACAUGAUUCAGAGUUGAGAAGGGCUGAGAAGCUUCAAUUGCUGAAAACUAAACAAAAAGAAGAUAUGGCAAGGGAAGAAGCUGUUUUAGAGCGCAAGAAGCUUCUUGAGGCAGAAAAAAUGCAACGUAUUGCAGACAUACAACGGAAAAAGGAAGAGGCACAAGUAAGAAGGGAAGAAGAACGUAAAGCAUCUAGUGCGGCACGUGAAGCAAAGGCCAUGGAACAGAUGCGAAGAAAAGAGGUUAGGGCUAAAGCUCAACAGGAGGAAGCUGAACUCUUGGCCCAGAAAUUGGCUGAAAGACUUAGUGAAAGCGAACAGCGUCGCAAGUUUUAUUUGGAGCAAAUAAGGGAAAGAGCUUCUAUGGAUUUCAGGGAUCAAACUUCACCUUUCUUUCGUCGGUCCUUGAAUAAGGACAAUCAGGGUAGAUCUACACCAAACAAUAAUGGUGAAGAUUGGCAAGCUAACGGCACCAGUAAUUCAGGAAGCUGUGCUCUUCUAACAGGCAAUACGCAAUCACAACAUUCGCUGAAGCGAAGGGUCAAAAAAAUUCGCCAGAAACUUAUGGCUUUAAAGCAUGAAUUUGUGGAGCCAUCAGUUAGUCCCGAAGUUGCUGGUAUUGGAUACAGAGCUGCGGUAGGAACGGCAAGGGCAAAAAUUGCAAGAUGGCUUCAGGAACUUCAAAAGCUUCGGCAAGCAAGAAAAGAAGGUGCUGGAAGUUUUGGUCUUAUAACCGCCGAAAUAAUUAAGUUCUUGGAGGGAAGGGAUACUGAGCUGCAGGCUUGUCGCCAAGCUGGUCUACUUGAUUUUAUUGCCUCUGCUCUUCCUGCCUCUCACACAUCAAAACCUGAAGCCUGCCAGGUUACAUUGUGCCUUUUAAGGCUUCUUAGGGUAGUCUUAACAGUGCCUGGUAAUCGAAGUUAUUUUCUUUCACAGAAUCUCUUACCACCUAUAAUCCCCAUGUUGGCUGCAGCACUUGAGAAUUAUAUUAAAAUUGCAGCAUCAGCAAAUAUUCCUGGUUCCACAAGCUUGAUGUUGAGUAAAUCAUCAAGUGGUAAUCUGGAGUCCGUAUGUGAAAUUUUGGAUGGUUUUCUUUGGACUGUUGCUACAAUUAUGGGUCAUGUAAGCUCUGAUGAACGUCAAAUCCAGAUGCGAGAUGGUUUAUUAGAGCUUGUGAUCGCAUACCAGGUUAUUCAUCGGCUGCGGGACCUUUUUGCUCUUUAUGAUAGGCCCCAUAUAGAAGGCUCACCCUUUCCUUCUUCCAUCCUCCUUAGCAUUAACCUAUUGGCAGUUCUGACAUCCAGAUGUAGAAAAGGAUCUUCAAUAGACUGGGAAUCGUUUCCUAGGGAGAUGAUGUGCAUAAGUGGGAGUGUAGGGGUGAAAGUGGCUGAGGCUGUAGUUUUGAAAGGGUUACCUGAUGUACCAGAAGAUAAGCCACUUGAUGCAUUGCUUGAUGGUGGUGGUUCAUCAGACAAAAGGGAUAAUUUUGGUGUAGUCGAAUCUAUUAACACUAAGACAGAUGUUAUAGAUGUUAAGGAUGAGUCCCCAAGCAUCCAGUGUGAUGAUAAUACUAAUAGUCCUGUUUCUUUAAAGGAGGAAGAGAAGUCAACAAUUAUGGUUACCGAACAAAAGGACGAAAUCAGAUCUAAUAUGAAACAACCCGUAGCAUUUCUCCUUUCUGCAAUAUCUGAAACUGGGUUGGUCUGCCUACCUUCCAUGUUGACAGCUGUGCUUUUGCAGGCCAACAACAAAUUAUCUUCUGAACAGGUUUCAUAUGUUCUUCCUUCCAAUUUUGAGGAAGUGGCAACUGCGGUACUAAAGGUGUUGAAUAAUUUGGCACUAAUUGAUGUAACUUUCAUCCAGAGUAUGCUAGCCAGACCAGAUCUGAAAAUGGAAUUUUUUCACUUGAUGAGCUUUCUUCUUUCUCAUUGCACAAGCAAAUGGGGAGUGGCUACCGAUCAGAUUGGUCAAUUGCUGGUGGAAUCUUUGUUGCUUCUUGGUUACUUUUCACUUUUCCACUCCGAGAAUCAAGCUGUCCUUCGCUGGGGAAAGAGCCCUACCAUUCUUCACAAGGUGUGCGACUUGCCAUUUGUUUUCUUCAGUGAUCUCGAGUUUAUGCCAAUCUUGGCUGGCACACUGGUUGCUGCCUGCUUUGGAUGUGAGCAGAACAAGACUGUUGUUCUUCAAGAACUCAGCACAGAUAUGCUCAUUUCCUUGCUCAAGUCCUGCAGAAACAGUUCGCCAGCUCCUGCUGAAUCUAUUGCAGUGCUAGAUAACACUCCGGAUGAAGCUGGUGAAUCUAAUCACUUGGGUCCUGAGUGUAGAAAAUCUCAAGUUGACACUCCUCCUCAGAGAUCUCAGCGCCCCAAUAACCGCAAUGCUCGGACUCUGUCCCAGAAAGGUGGACCUUCAAACAAUAUUAAAACUAUUAAGAUGCGGAUUCAAAGAGAGAGUAGAGUCGGGAAGCUUUCUGAAGAAACAGGCCAAAAGCACAACCCAUACACAAGUGAAACUUCUGCUGCAAUGUUGCACUGUAGAUUUCCUGAAAGAUUUAUUGAUAGAGCGGAGCAGUUCUUCUCUGCAGAAUGCACCAAUUAUUCCUUGCACCCAUGAGUUACACUGCCAAGAAUUUUUUUGGUUCGUGUCCUCUUUUUUAUAAGAUCAGCUGCAGAGCUAAAGUGGAGAAUACAGCAGGAUUUGGCAGAUCGUUAACGUUAUGGGAGAUGAUUGUCAUCUCCAAUUGCAAUUUUGGUUGUAAGGCACAUCUUUUACAGCCUUUUGACAGUCUUGCAUACGAGUUCUUUUGAAGUCCUACUUAAUGCAACACAGGUUUAACUUGGUUUUCAGUUGAAUGGCGACAUAUAUUGACACCAGGCAAGUUUAUCAUAAAACUCGGAAUACAGGCAAUAAAUGUGCUAGUUCGUUGUAUUAUCUUGGCAGAAAUUUUGCAGUUGAUCCUUGCAUCUAAAUGCCACUCUCUCCAUUUUAACUCA